AUGUUGGGGCGGAGGCUGAGAUGGGAGCAAGCCCUUGCGUCAGUGGCAGAUUGUCAGAAGAAUGCCUUGCAAGGAGCGCUGUUGACCUACACUCGUGCCAUCAGUGCUUUUGACAAAAGCCAUCGUUGGCAACACGCGCUUGCCUGCCUGGAAGACCUUCGAGUGAGAGUCGUUCGGGCAGACACAAUUCUUUACAACAGUGUCAUCAGUGCAUGUGGGAAGAGCGGCAACUGGCAAGUGGGCUUGAGCCUCUUGGAGGCUUUGCAGAAGGAAGCCUUGGAGGCCGAUGUGAUUUCUCACAAUGCCAUCAUCAGCUCCUGUGAGAGGUCCAAUGAAUGGACGGUGGCACUUGAGCUUUUUGAGCACCUGCACGAAGUGAAGCUCCAAGCCAGCCUCAUCAGCUAUAGCGCUGCAGUGAGCGCAUGUCAGAAAAGUGGGCAAUGGCAAGCAGCGCUCUCGCUUUUCUUCGACGCUUCGCGGGAUCAGCUGCAGCUGGACGUGGUCUUCUACAGCAGCGCCAUCUCCGCGUGCGCCGAUUCCACCGGCUCGGCCUGGCCCAUGGCACUGGCCAUCUUCCGGUCGGCGCGGCGGCAGAGUUUGGGAAACGUGGUACUCUUCAGUGCCGCGAUCAGUGCCUGCGAAAGCGGAAGCCAGUGGCGCUUGGCUUUGGAUGUGUUCGAGGAGCAACAGAGCUCAGGUGUGGAGGGCGACUUGAUCACCUACUGCGCGCUGAUGAGCUGCAGCGAGAAGGGGGGCCAGUGGCAGAUGUGCUUCAACGUGAUGGAUGAGAUUCGAGCUCAGGGCCUGCCAGAGAGCCUGGUGGCCUACAACGUUCUACUGACUGCAGCGGUGCGAAGUCACUUUUGGCCCAACUCCCUGGCAGUGUUGGAGGCGCUAUUGGACGUUCCAUGCCUUUCAGCCGAUGUGGUGACCUAUUCAGCGGCAAUCGCAGGAUGUGGGGCUGGGAGCCAGUGGCAGAAGGCCUUGAGAUUGCUUGAGCAGUCGUUGGCGACCCUGGCCCCCAAUGCGGUGGUAUACAGCGCGGCGAUCAGCUCAUGCGAAGAUGCCAGCCAGUGGCAGCAUGCCCUGCGUUUGUUGGACGACUACGAGCGAGAGCAGGACGCCAACAGUGCUGACCUGGUGAUGUACAAUGCCGCGAUCAGUGCUUGUGCAGAGUCUGCUCACUGGCUCCAUGCUUUAUCCUUGUUGACGCGCUAUGAAGACCACAGCGCAGCUGCACCAGUGAACGCUCGCACCGGCAACGCGGCCAUGCGCGCUUGCGGCCUGGCGCGGCGGUGGGAGCAGAGCUUAGCGCUGUGGGAGCAGAUGGAGAUGCGUGCAGAGACGGAUGUGAUCAUGCUAUCCAUGGCUGUCCAAGCGUGCGUUGUCGGAGUACGAUUUCCGGAGCUUUUGACCAAGCUUGGUCAGCUCAGCGGCCAAGCGUACUGGCACCUGUUGGAGCAACAGUCGAGUGGCAAGACGGGCUGA